ACAACUCACUCCAUUACGUAUACCAGAACCUACCUGUGUAUUCCACUACAGUGAAUUUUAGCUAGUGAAGUCACUGGAACAUGCCGACAGCCGGUACAGUGUACACAUGUACAGAUUUAUAAACACAUUGACAAGCUGUGUACCUGUUCAAAAUUUUAUUUUUAUUUAGUCGAGUUAUUAGUUUUCUAAUUUUGAAAAGACACGAGCUUACAAAAUGGAAUUUUGUAUUUUUGUAUUUGGAAUAUAAACUCGCCAUGAAGCUACAUAAAAGAUGGCAAGACGUUCCUGUUGUUCGUACCAAUGGACAAACGUAUCCAUUCUCGUCAGUAGCUUCGGUCUUCACUUUGUAAGUUUGGGGAUGGUUACUUCGUUUGGUGUUAUGUACAGCGAGUUACGGGAUCAAUUCGGAUCUGGUGCUGCAGAAACUAGCUGGGUAGCUUCCCUUAGUUCCGGUCUGCUCCUAGUGAUUGGUCCUGCAGCCGGUAUACUAGAGAAGCGGUUUGGUUGUCGUGUGGUAGCUAUGACAGGAUCGACCCUGAUAGGUGUGGGUAUGGUCGCGAGCACAUUUGCCCCCUCCCUAUAUUGGUUGUUCCUCACCUAUGGCGUCAUUACAGGUGUUGGCUUUGGUAUGGCUCAUCUGGUGGCAACCGUGACGGUGAAUCUAACAUUUGAUAAACGUCGUUCUGUGGCGAUAGCGAUAGGCUCGUCCGGAUCUGGGUGUGGAAAUAUUGCAAUACCCUGGCUCACUACCGUGUGGCUUGAGGAGUAUGGCUGGCGACAGACCUUCCUCCUGCUGGCCGGUAUAGGCAUACAAGGACUCGUCUGUGGAGCCAUUAUUGGCAACGUCCAAACAAGUGGUGAACCACGUGGAAAUCACCAGAAUGUUGAUACCAUAGAUCAUACACCACUCCGAGCAGCAGUGACUAAAGUACUUAAAACGAAGGCUUUCCUUAUAUUUGCCGUAUCGGGUUUUUGCACAGCUUUGGCUUACUUUGUACCACAUGUAAUGAUUCCUGAGUUGGCAAAGAAUAGAGGUUUAUCAUCCACUGAUGUGGCCCUUAUAUUUACUGUAUCCGGAGUAUCAAGUAUUUUAGGUAGAAUUCUGAUCGGGUUCAUCGUUGACAUUUUACACAUCAGCCGAAUAUGGACUCUGUCUAUCGCUCUGUUUAUUGGUGGAAUCUCUACGAUAGGCUGUGCAUUUGUAUAUGACAAAUGGCUUUUUAUUGGGUAUGGUGUUAUUCUUGGAGUUUUCACGGGGACGUUCGGCUUUCUCCAGUCCGUCAUCGUUGUCGAUCUCCUGGGAACGAAAUUGUUGGGAAUAGGAUUUGGAUUUCUUACCCUUUUUCAUGGAAUAGCUGUCAUCAUAGGUCCGCCUAUAGCAGGUUGGAUAUCUGACAUAACACACGACAACACCGUAUCUUUUGUCUACGCCGGAUGUUUAUUUUGCGUGGGUUCCUUCUUUGCAUGUGCAAUAAAAACACAAACUGACUUCAGUGGAUCGAAAAGCGACGGGCAAACAGAGAUCAAAGCAUCAUCGUACCAGGAUAAUGUCCCUGGCGAUCGAUGUCAUACGAACAUUAGCUAUGAAUGUGAUACCAAAUUAUGAUACAUAAAGAAGAAUCUAGAGAUUUUAUAUUGGA